CUUCUCUUCCGCCCGCUGGGGGCCGAGUUCCAGGUUGGGGCCGGAUGCUGCGGGUGCUGCGUGGCUUGCGGGGCGUGGCGGUGAGUCCCGGGUCUGCGGCGCCAGGGGCCCUGUGCUGCCGUCCCUCCCUCCCUCCGCCCGGUCCGGCCGUCCGCCCCGGUCCCCGCCCCGAUCCCCGGCCCCCGCGGCCGCCCCGGGGCCCAGUUGCACGCAUCUCGGCCGGCCUGGGCGAGCGGCUGCACAUGAGGGAGGCCCCGAGCUGAGUGCCCCGGCCAUGGCUGCUCCCUGGAGCUGCGCCCUCCUGGUGAUCCUGGCGUCCCGGCUGGCGACCCUGGUCCAGUGCCUGGCAGAGGACGACGUCCCCGAGGACUGGCUCCUUCUGCACGUGGUCCAGGGCCAGAUAGGGGCCGGGAACUACAGCUACUUACGGCUCAACCACGAGGGUAAAAUUGUCCUCAGGAUGCAGAGCCUCAGAGGGGACGCGGACCUGUACGUGUCCGACAGCACCCUGCACCCCAGCUUCGACGAGUACGAGCUGCAGUCGGUCACUUGCGGCCAGGAUGUGGUCUCCAUACCGGCGCACUUCCAGCGCCCGGUGGGCAUAGGAAUCUACGGACACCCGUCACACCACGAAAGCGACUUUGAGAUGAGGGUGUACUCUGACAGAACUGUGGAUCAGUACCCGUUCGGGGAGGCUGCCUAUCCUUCCGACCCCACAGGCGCCGGUCAGAACCACGCUUACGCUUCACAGGAGGCAUCCCAAGAAGAGGAGUCGGUCCUCUGGACGAUACUGAUUAGCAUUUUGAAAUUGGUGCUUGAAAUUCUCUUCUGAACCCUUGUCUGCACGGAGCGAUUAGUUUGCUGCGGACCUUGCUACUUGACCUGGUGAAAUUCUGGUUACCUUUUCUAGACUAGGAUGGAAAAUUAAAGCCAUACAGUUUUGUUACCUCAGUUUACUCCCCACGCAGGAAAAGCAGCAAGCACAAUAUUUUACAGAUUAAAAUUCCUAUGAAAAGGAGUCUGCUCAAUAAAAUGUUUAAAUACAUUUUGGUUAGUCAGGUGAGUAAGUGACAGGCUGUAUAAAAACUUAUUAAACUAUGUGCUAGUGCAGAUGAAAUAAAGCCCGAUGACUGUGGAGUGUAAUCUGUAGGCAUACUAAAUGAAGUACAGCACUUGCAGUUUUAAAGACGUUCUAGAGCCAGGUCGGAAAUGCAAUGACAGCUUCAGUCUUCACAGAGCCUCUGUGCACAGUAGGGAUGUGGUACCCGAUACUCGAGCAAGCUUUCCUGGCAGACAAGUUAUUUACAGCUGUUUGUUGCUGUGCCUUUUGAUGGCUAUUCCAAAUCCAGUUGUACCAGAUGUCCUCUGCCCUUUGCUCUGUUGGCCCAAUUGGAAUGCUCUGGUUAUUAAGUAACUGAUACUACCUAAGCAGGUCAAGACAGUCAUGACAGACAGUAACCUUUCAGACUCAAGAAGAAAUAUUUAUUUCACAUUAAGUUGCUGAUCUCUGGAAAAAG